AUGGAUAAUCGUGAGCCCAGAACGACUGAAACUGAGACGCAAAGUACAACCGCUUCGACUUUCUGCUGCACAAAACUCCAGUUGAGCAACACGCUUUAUGCAUCUUGUAUUGCGAUGCAUACCUUCCUUGCUAUUUUAGUUGAUACUGGGCACAGCCGUCGAUGUAAGACGCAAGCUAAACUUGGGUGGGUUCAACGGUCAUCCACAAUCAUCCGCUGCACCUGCUACACCUUGAGCAGUCCGUUCUUCUCUCUCAAUCAUGCUUUCAAAAUCUUCGCCAGGCCAGGCGAACGUCACCUUUGGAACACCCUUCCAUCGUCGUUAGGUUGCCUUGAAAACAACCCAAAGCAUCCGCGAUCUUUGAAGGUGUUCGGCUCGUUGAACCCAGUUCCUUUUACGCGGAACGUCAACGGCUUGCGGAGAGUGGCUGGAAAUCAGCCCAUUACAUGGAGGUUCCACUGGCUCUUGUAUUAUAUCCGAAGAGCAUCUGUCGCAUUCUCUGCAGGCCCCACUUCCCAAAAACUUCAUUCCUAUACGCGAUCCUCCACCCCACCCACUAUCAACACACCCUCAGAACCUCCGCUCAUCACCCCGGAACGUCCCAACCCUCUGCGUCCACUCCUCACCAACAUCGCGUUCUGCCAGUUGUUUGCCGUGUGUCUAAGCGGCAACUACAAGGACCCAAAGUACAGGUUGCUCCAUUCUUUCGGAUGA